AUGGCCUCGUCAGGGGUAAGCAAGAUCUUCAACGCGCCAUCUGGUGCCGUGGCAGACGUACGCAUUAUCGACUGCACUUCAAGGAUCAUUAGAUUGCCGGCAAGUUUCUUGUUACAUCCACCUCUCCGAGGCAUGCAAUACAUGCCAGAUAUCCCCACGUGGUCCUUUCUCAUCGAGAGCCCGACGACGGGCAAAAAGGCGCUCUUCGACCUCGGGGUGCCACCCAACUUUCUCGACUUCUCGCCCUUUAACCAGGACCAACUGAGAAACCCGGCGUGGGAGAUUCGCUCCGAGAAACACGUAGCGGACAUUCUCAAGGAGAACCACAUUGAUCCUGCUCGGAUCAAUUCGAUUGUUUGGAGCCACUGGCACUUCGAUCACAUCGGAGAUCCUUCCACCUUCCCUGGGUCGACAGAGCUUGUCGUUGGGCCCGGUUUCAAGCAGACAUUCUAUCCCGGGUAUCCGACGAUCAAAGAUUCUCCUGUCCGGGAAUGUGAUUUUGCGUUCGUGUUUCUCCCCUUCCUGGCAUUCUCACGGUCACGUUGGGCUAAUCAUUGUCGGUUCCACUUCGACAGAGGCCGCGAGACCAGGGAGAUCAACUUCGAUGAGGGUCCUCCACUUCAGAUCGGGCAGUUCAAGGCAAUGGACUUUUUCGGCGAUGGUUCAUUCUAUCUCCUCGACGCGCCGGGCCACACGGUUGGGCACCUUGCAGGCUUGGUGCGGACGACCUCGGAUCCGGACACCUUUAUCUUUUGCGGCGGCGACCUUUGUCACCACGGAGGCGAGAUCCGUCCGUCUAGGCACCUCAGCCUGCCGAAAGAAAUCCACGUGGAGUUUCCAGAUCAAGUCUCGCCCUGGAUCUGCCCGGGAUCGGAGCUCGCGCGACUCAACAAAAGUCGGUCUCGAGCCGAGUUCGAGCCCUUCUUCAUACCGAAUCCGGAGUUUUGUUACGACGCAGAAGAGACAGUCCGGACGAUCGUCAAGACCCAAGAGGCCGACGCAGACGACAACGUGUUGUUCAUCUAUGCCCAUUCCAAGGCUGUGGAGCGGUACGCAGAACUCUUUCCCCUCAAAGCUAACCAAUGGAAACGGAAGGGAUGGAAGAGCAAGAUGCUUUGGGACUUUGUGAGAGAUUUCAAGGUCGCAGUUGAUGCGCAAAGCGGUGGAAGCGCGAUUAAUGCGGCACGCGAAUAA